AUGAAGUUCAACACUCGGAACGCAUACUACUUACGUGUUUCUGAAAACACCGUUCUCCCAUUAUAUUUGUAUCUUGACGAGCAACAUGUCGAGUGGAUGUCUGAACGCGUCCUACAACAUGUGCUCGCAGACUUAAGGCCUCUAGUCAUACCGAAGCUUAUCUCCGAAGAGAGUGCUCAUCUGGGGCUAGGUGGUUCAGGAAACGCCAAGAAAGGAACUCUAGAUGUCCAUCGUGGACAGACAUAUCAAUUUGGGUACUUCUUGCGGAAUACGGAACCGCAUUCUGUAUUGAUCAAGACACGACGUUUCACUGCUGCACCUCCUAGAGAGAAGAAGCGGGCUCCUCAGCACAUAUCAGAGGACUCUGAGAAUGGACCAGCCACGAACAUUCAUAAGCGUGCCAAAUCCACGAAGAAGAGCCAGCAGUACGCGCCUGCCAGGAAGAAACGCAAUACCGCCAAGGACAGGGGCAAAGGCAAACAACGGGCUAUCGACUUGGACAACGAAGAGGAAGCCGUUUCUCUGAGUAGCGACUCAGAUAAUAAAGGCGAAGGUGCUGGGUUUCAGCCAGCGAAUUUACUGCCGCGAAGAUCUGCUCGGACGCGGAGACUAGUUGCUGGCGGAUACCGUGAAGACGACGUUGAGGGCGACACAGAAGGUGCAGGAGCGGCCGAUGUAGACAUAGAGAUGGCUGCUCCUGAGAACUCUGAUACCGUGCCACCCGCUUCUGAUCUUCGCGCUCCCGAACUUGACGAUGCAGAGCUUGUCAGCAUGGACCCGACGGAUGAUAUAGCAUCCCCCAUCGAAGUCAAAGCAGAGCAAACAGAACCUGUGCUCCCCUCAAAUCCAGAUGAGCCUAUUCGUGUCGACGAAGAGCCACCGCAAAGCCCCGAAUCGCCUCCACAUCCCGAGGACGCGAUCCUAGUAGCCUCAGAUACCGAAGAAGACAAGCCGAAGCCAGUCAUGAAGCUGCGUUAUCAAGGCUUCUCCAUCAGAGGACGCGCCCUCUGUGUGAUCGUCGAGCCGUACCCACCGCUUCACAAAGCCCCGCGCGCAAUGUCACUCGCUCCAACAGGCCUCGUCGCCCCGCGCGCUCCGAGCAUUGCGCCGGCGGACUUCGUCGUGAGCGGUCAGCGUGCCCGGACGCCGCUUUUCCUGCCGGAGGAUGACCGCGAGCGGAGCGUCACGUCUGCGCCGUGGCAGCGCGAGCGUCCGCCGGUGCCGCUCUUCCACGAAGACGCACCUGCUGCUGCGGAUGACGAAGACGAAGACGAAGCGGACGGCGGGAUGCUGGCGUUUAGCCAGAUCUUGAAGUCUGUGGGAGAUUAUGCUACUGGCGCUGCCGAAGAUGACGAUGAGAUCGAGGGCGCGGUGUUCUUGGGAGAUGCAGACGAGGCCAAGGGUAUGUGA